UUGCGGGAAACUCGGAUGAAAAAAACAAAACUCGCGACGGUGAAGAGGUUCGCGUUUCGAAAAGAAAACGAUCUGUUAUCACAGACGUAAUUCAUUUCACGGAUUAGAUCUGUAUGUUGUAAUAUCUACACUAACAGAAAAAUCAACAGUGUGUUCCUCUGAAUUAUUACAGCAAACUCCAGGCAAGCAGAAUAUGUCAGAGAACAGCAUCUUCUCCAUCUUUCCCCCUGCCCCCACAGAAGGAACCAUCACAAUUUGUGAACAAAAUGGGGGUCUGGUCAACUUGUCAAGUAGUACUAAACCAUACAAAAAGCCUCCUUCCUACCCAGAGGUUGUGAUUUCCGGGGGUGGAUCAACUAGUUUGACUCACCGAGAAAAUGCCAAGUCAGCAUUUCUGCCCCACAAUGAAACGGUGUGGAAGAGGGCACUACACGCUUGGUAUGAGAUGGGCUCUCCGGGUGUAUUCGAGGAAAUUGUCAACAGUAGCAGUGAAGUCCCUGACUGGGUCGGUGUUGCUGCCAAGAAAACCUUGACCUUUGUUCGGUGGGCCAACUCCCUCCAUGGUUCUAUCUUCCCCCAUCUCUCUAUGUCAAAUGAAGAAAUCAUAACCAAGUUCUCGGACAUUGUAAACUGGUCGAGGAGUCCUGUAAAAGCUUUUGCUUGGCAUCCUCACACCCUCAAAUUUGCGUAUGCCCUUGGAGACGAUUCCAUCAAAGUGCAUUCUGGGAAGAGUGACCUGGUGCCAACGCUCAAACACAAACUACAGAAGAAUGUGGCAGACUUAGCGUGGCAGCCUCAGUCUGCCUCGGUCCUGGCAGUAGCCUGUCAGUCCUGUGUCCUCAUCUGGCACGUGGAGCCCACAUCACUGGCCACCAGACCGUCUACAAGUUCCUGCCAGGUGUUACAACAACAGAACCACGCCCCUGUCACCUGUCUGGCCUGGGACCCUAGUGGUCGCAUCCUCCUGUCUGCGUCGCCGGUCGACACCUCUCUGAUGGCUUGGGAUGUCCCCAUGGAGACGUGUGUUCCGCUUCGGCGGUUAGGAGGGGGCGGAGUCUCCCUCAUCAAGUGGUCCCCAGACGGAUCCAAAGUCUUCUCGGCCACGCCUUCCCAGCUGUUCAGGGUAUGGGAAACCAAACAAUGGACGUGUGAGGUCUGGACCAAAUGUACAAGUCGUUGUAAGGCGGCGUGUUGGAGUCCUGAUGGUAGAACCUUGCUGUUUGCAACAGAAUCUGAACCAAUCAUAUACUCUCUUACAUUUUCCACCAGCAUUGAUGAUACGAGCACUGUGAUUGGUGGAUCUCAGUCAGCUGUUGUGUCUGUCAGCUUGGCAGAGGUGGGUCUAUCUACAGAGGAUGGGGACAUUGUAAGGGUCGGGGGACUAGUGCAGAGCAUGGUGAUGGACCGACACGGAGAGAGACUUGCGGUCACACUACAUGACGACAAGGAACAAGUGUUGCCGUACGUCGCCCUCUUCAGAACUCGAAUUAACCCAAUGCUGGAAAUCACACCUUGUGGCUUGAUUCAGGGAGAGUCUGGGGAAUACCCGCUACAUGUGUCAUUCCAACCCAGUUUUGACAAAGGGGCUCUCCUGUCCAUUAUCUGGAGUUCUGGCGUGGUACGAUACGUCCCUCUUUACUUCAUUCCCAGUGAGGAGAUUCAGAACGUUCAGCAUAGACAUGUAGCCCCUCCCUCCCUCAACGGACAGAUCCUCUCUCCCAUACCCUCACACUGACGGACAGAUCCUCUCUCCCAUACCCUCACACUGACAGCGUCUAGUACAGAAACCCACCCUUAAGGAACAGAUCUUUUAUCCCAUUCCCUCACACUGAUGGACAGAUCCUCUCUCCCAUACCCUCACACUGACAGCGUCCAGUACAGAAACCCACCCUUAAGGAACAGAUCUUUUAUCCCAUUCCCUCACACUGAUGGACAGAUCCUCUCUCCCAUACCCUCACACUGACAGCGUCCAGUACAGAAACCCACCCUUAAGGAACAGAUCUUUUAUCCCAUUCCCUCACACUGAUGGACAGAUCCUCUCUCCCAUACCCUCACACUGACAGCGUCUAGUACAGAAACCCACCCUUAAGGAACAGAUCCUCUCCCCCAUACCCUCACACUGAUGGACAGAUCCUUUAUCCCAUUCCCUCACACUGAUUACAGAGAUUAUAUAGAAUACUAGUGAUAAAAACAGACAAAAAUUCUUCCCUGUGUCAUUUGACUGAUACCGCUUGACAAAAAGACCUAUUGUAUCCACCAUAUCCAACCAUUGACCAUGGAUACUACUGCACAGCUUGUCUCUUCUAUUCCCAUAGUGCAAGAACUGCAAGUUAUUGCCAUACAGUAGGUUGAUUUAUGACUUGAACAUUAGAACAUACAAAUCGUGGUUCUAAACAUGAAAAGAGAGAGAGAGAGAGAGGAGAGAGAGGAGGGUCCAUUGUGUUACUCUCAUAGUGAAACAAGCUAGGGCCUAUGUUGUAUCCUUGUGACGUCUGGGUUUAUAUUCUCAUCAAGCACAUCAGACUGUAUUCAACAUGUCAGUAAUUGAAGCAGUGGAUUUAUUAACGAAAAAGCUGUUUUGAUAAUUAUGCACUUUGUUCUAAAUCAACAAUUUGCAGCAAUAUGAUUCACAUUAUAAUUCUUUAUUACAUACUUAGUAAUUAAAACAGUUUUUUUGCAUAUGUGAUAAAGAUGACAUCCCAAAACUCAUAUCGGCCUCCGGGGCUGAUACAGGUUAUCACUUAGAUAUUAGCUUAUUACCUAGAGCUGAUACGGAUCCGUAUCUCACCCCUUGCCUUUUUUCCGUUUCGGCAUUUGUGGAUGUUUACAGAAGGAAACUGAAACAUUUCUUACAUCAACAUUUUUAAAUGCAGUUGAACACUUCAGUUUUGGAGCAGUUAAUUUUAAAACACUAGGAAAUUCCGGUUCAGUAGCUACAUGUUUGGUAAAACAACAAGAUCUCAUAUUUUAUUUAAUACAUGUACAGACUACUUUCAAAUAAUAUUUAAAAUCAAUUUGUUCAAGUUGAUGCCUUUUUAAAAAAAAUUAUUACUAAGUAUGUAAUAAAUUUAAUAAUAAAUACCCUUUUCAAUAUCAAAGCCUGUAUCAGCCCUCGACCAAUGUCAUCCCUUGGGCCUUUGGCCCUCUGGCUGAUAUUGGAGUCUCGGGCUGUUACUGGCUGUGAUAUGGAAAAGGGUAUGUAUUAUUCUCUAUUUAUAUUGUGGAAAUUUGUUUUUCUUUAUAAAUCAGUUUCAUAUUUAGUUAGUAUUGAAUACAUGUAUAUCUGAUAGGUACAAAAAGUUUGUUAUAGAAAUAAAAAAUAAAUCAAAUUCGUUUUAAUGAA